UACCACAGGAGGGAAGUCACGUACAAGCUGGUUGCCAUGCUUGCGAACAAGCACCGAAGAAGAAAUGCCAUGACGUAACUUACUAGCGCCCAUCACCGAUGCUUGAAACUCUCGAUGUCACGUUAAUCGUCAAAUACACUUUUUGCAUCAUGAAUACCGCCGGUUAAAUAUUUUGUAGAGAACAGGCUCGCCUUGCACUUAGACCUCAUAAAAGGACAUCUGAGCCAUGGCCAAUGCUCAGUCUGCUCUGAAGAUGGCCGUGUGCCUCCUCGUGAUAGCAGAGCUGCUCCUUGCCAAGAAGGACUACUACGAAAUAUUGGGAGUGCCAAAAGACGCGACUGAGCGGCAGAUAAAGAAAGCUUUUCACAGGCUCGCGAUGAGGUAUCACCCUGAUAAAAACAACAGCCCCGACGCUGAAGUGAGAUUCAGGGAAAUUGCAGAAGCCUAUGAGACGUUAUCUGACGCGACCAGAAGAAGAGCCUACGACCGGUUUGGUGGCGGUGCCUCUUAUUUCACAGCAGGUCCACAACAGACGCAAAACGCGCAGCAACCAUUCAGUUUCAAAGUGGAUGACAACUUUAAGGACUUCGACAUGUACAACCACAACAGCCGGCAUGCCCGGCAGAGGCAGCACUUUGAUGAACAUUCCCCGAGAGAACCCCACGGCCGACACAAGAGACACUUUCAAGGAGCCGGCGUCUUUGGCGACCUGUUUGACGACAUUGAGAAGAUAUUCGCCUUCCACAGGCGCGGCGCGCCAACUGAAAGUGUUUUCCACGCUGCCUCCAAACAGCAUUGUAGAACAGUGACGCAGCGCAGAGGGAAUAUGGUGACCACGUACACAGAUUGCACUGCAUCCUAGGAUGCAAAAGUCACCUUUCUUGUAGACAGUAAUGACGAAUAAGAAAGAUUUAGUUGAAUAUUUGAAGGGGGAGUUUGCUGUGUUACUGCUAGCAAGAUAUGAAUGUAAUCAGAUUUUUUUUUUAAUUUACAAUCAUUUACAAAUCACAAAGCUGUCAUAAACGUAGCUGUCGAGCAGAAAUGUUUCUAAUUUCAUGGAUAUUCCACCAUAUCUCAAAUUAAGAUCCCCAAAUCCAGGAUAAUAGCUCAGAGUUAGGCCAUGGCGGUGUGCUCUGACUAUAUGGACACCUCAGCAGUCAUUCCUUCUCUGAUUGGUUGUUUCGAUUAUUUCUUAAAAAUUAACAGUCGAAAUUAAUUCCCAUGGAAAGUUUCUAACGUUACAAUUCAGAACUCCCUGAAUGUGACUGGUUAAGCGGUAUCAAAAACUAUCGAGCUGUAUAUAUAUUUUUUUGUCAAUAUACUGUAGAAAACAUCACCAUACAUUUGUUGUAGUUGUAACUCACAGAACUGUGUAGUACAAAUAAUAUAGAGAAGACACGUUUUGUAACAUGUUACUUCAUUCCUAGCUAGAGAGAUAACAUUGUUGGUUAUGUGCAAUAUUUGUUUGCUUAUUUGAUGUUGUAAAAGAUCCAAUGCAAACCUGCCUUUUCAAUGAGGUUCUAGGGUAGCCUUUGCUUUUUGAAGUUGUGUUAUGAAAAAUAAAAAGUAUCUCCUGUUA